UCCUGAAGCACCAUUUUUUUCGAUGUGGCGCUGAUGUGUCACCGUUUUCUGGAGCAACAACAUCGAUGCCAAACAGACACCAAGUUCGGCAUUGCUCUAAGUCAUCAUUUCUCGAUUUCCAAGGCGUGGCUUGUAAUACAGUUUCUUAUGGAAAAACGAUUCCAAACAGAUAGACGUUUCCUUAAACACCAUUUUUUCCGAUGUAACGAUUAUGUAUCGCUGUUUUCUGAAGCAACGACAUCGAUGCGAAACAGACGCUAGAUGAAUCUUGUUUCACCAUUCAAUUUUGUGAAUGUCGUUUUUGUUGUUAAAUUAUUAACACUUAAUUUUUUUUUAUUACUUAACUGUAUAUGUAUUUAAAUUGAAUUAUAUUAGAUUUAAUAGAGAUGGAUUCAUAUUCAAAUUAACAGAUACUAUUUUGAGCCUAAUAAAAAGAAAAAUCCACAAAACUACUUGCAGAAAGUUGAGGUAAAGUUAUAAUUUCAAAAAUUACUUCCUCAAACCAAACAACGCCUUAACGCUGGUUAUUAGAGAAAGGAGGGAUUCGAUGGUGGAGAUAAAGGUUUCGUAGUCCGUACCAAAGUGAAAAGCACAAGUAUGUCGAAAAUCCAGUCCAGGUCCAUUGACUCUGGAAUCCGGACCAAAUUACCCAACCAAGCGAUGGGCCUGGGCCUAGGUCAUAGUUCGCCACUCCAACUGAAAAUCGUAUCGGUGCUUUAGAUUUUAGAUACAUCCUCAGAGCUUUCAGAGUGGGUCGGAAUUUCAGUCACCACCGAUUCACCGGGAGACCUGGACUGGCGACAGUGCAAGCAAGAAUGUUGAUGGCUUCCCUGCGAAAUUUGUUGUUCAGACGCGUUUACACUUGCUCUACCACCUUCUACAUUCCAUCUCUCCAGUUAGUUCGCCCUACGAGUGCUCUCCUUCCUUCUCUCUCUACACUCGGUCAUUUCUUACCGGCUCCCCGGAUAAGCGGCCAAGCCAAAGAGUGGCGGUGCCUUAGUCCCUUGCUUGCCAGCUUUUCGACCUCUUCUGAAGCUUCGACCAAUGAAGCAUCGGCUUCAAGUUACCUGUCUGUUCGCAUUCGUUGUCGAAAAGAUGUUGCGGAUAUGCUUUCAGAUGCUCUCCUAUGCUUUGGUGCUAGCUCUGCUAGCAUGGACGAACCAGAUGAUUGUGAUAGUACUGAUGAGAUCAGCAUAAAUUCCAUAUUUACAGAAUGCCAAGAUGUGGGUGCAUGUAUUUCAAAUGCUGCUGGCUCAAUUGGGUUGAAAGAUAUGCCUAGUUAUGUAGUCACAAUGGGUGAGCACUGUGACUGGAUAAAGAAAACACAGGAAUCAUUUCAUCCUGUGAAAAUAUCUGAGGAUCUUUGGAUAGUGCCAGAAUGGAGAACUCCCCCAGAUGCUCAAGCAACAAAUAUUAUUCUUAAUCCAGGAUUGGCAUUUGGAACUGGGGACCACCCUACAACUAAAUUGUGUUUGGUGCUGUUGUAUAGCUUGAUAAAAGGAGGAGAAUUUUUUUUGGACUAUGGAACUGGUUCUGGAAUUCUUGGAAUUGCAGCACUAAAGUUAGGUGCUGCCUUAUCAGUCGGAGUUGAUGUAGAUCCCCAGGCGAUAAGAUCUGCACUUCAGAAUGCUGCUCUGAACAACGUAGGACCUCAGGAAAUGCAAUUAUGUCUGGUCGAUAGCAUGGGCAAUCCUCUUUCUGCAGUUGGAACUACGGAUGGAAAUGUGAAAGGACAGAGCUCACAUGGCAUACGACUCGUUGCUGAAAAAGAAAAGUUUGAUAUUGUCAUGGCAAAUAUACUUUUAAAUCCUCUAAUGGAAAUGGCAGAUCAUAUUGUUUCUUAUGCCAAGCCUGGAGCAGUGGUCGGUGUAUCUGGAAUCUUAUCUGAGCAGCAGCUUCCACAAAUUGAAGGACGAUAUAUGCAGUUCUUGGAAGGUAUGUCAGUGUCGGAGAUGGAUGGCUGGGCCUGCCUCAGCGGAAGAAAAAGGAUUACCAAAUACAGCUGAAGAUUUCAUCUAGGCUUUAUUUGAACACGACGUGGAAGUUGGAACUGUGGAAGAAUGGUUUGGUUUUACUGAUUGACAGCACUAAUUCCCACCAUAUGAGGUUCAGUUUCAGUACAUUCCUAGACCAUGUCGAUUGACUUGGCGGUUGGCACAGCUGCAGCUUUCCAACAUUCUCACUAAUGUUUUGCAAUGUAUAGGCGAGAACUGCUUAUGGCGUGUUCAGCAGUUCUUCUGUGUCAAGCUCAUCCGGUCAUCCUCUUUCCUAUCCAUGCAUGCCAAGAUCCCAAUGAACAAUUUAAAGCAUGGAAUUUUCACAAACUCCUUUUCCAAUAUAUCUGUUAUCGUACUUUUAAAUUAGCUGCUGUAUUUCAUUGUAAUUCUUUCUAAGGAUCCAUUGGAAAUGUGUUUGCGUUCACUGAAUCUGCUUCCUGAAGAUGUACUUUUUUUCUCCUAGGUAUGAAUAAUUUGUAUAAAUUUGAAAUAAUGUAGUUUAUAUAUGAAAUUGUGCAUUGGUUCUGUCGUUC